AUGGUGCGGAAUUUUCAGCUUCUUACCAAGUCCCUACUGGGGCAAUGGUUUUGCAAUACACCGCCCCUUCCACAUACCCUUGAGCUCUUCAACGGACCACAAGAGGAUUAUCCACCAAAGCUGAGGUUCAUUGACCUCCCCUCUGACGUUCUAUUCUCCAUUACCGACCAUCUCGACACCCCGUCCGUUCAUUCUCUGUCUCUCACCUGCCGAAGCCUUUAUGCCUCCAGAUUCCCGGCGACGCAGAAGCCUCUAAGUCCGGAGGAUCAACAGAACCUGCUCACCACAUUGGAGCGUGACCCGCUUGGUGAAGGCUUCUCUUACUGCCAAAGGUGCAACAAACUGCAUAGUUAUGACCGGACCUGGGGCCCACAAUCCGGGUCUGAAAAAUCCCAGAACACCAGGGGAACCCUUUGCGGGAUGAAGGAUGCAUUCUCGCCCGCAGGAAAUCCCUUUGAUCUGGGCUAUCACCAUGCUCGACUCGCAAUGAAUAACCACUUUUACGGGUCGCAAUUCGGGAUUCCCUUGGACGCAAUCUGCAUCAAGCAGAUCGUAUCCCGUGGUGGGAUAGCCAUUGAUUGCUCAACCGCUGCUCAGAUCCUUCAGGACGAGCUGUAUAUACGCCGCAUCUACAAAUUUAUGGUCCCGGAAAAUGGCAUUGACGAGUUCUUCAACACCCAUGGAUUUCGAGACUUCCGCCUGUGCGAGCACAUGCCUUUCCUCCGCAGCCCCUCGGUGUACCACCAAGCCGUCCCCGAGCUGCAAUGCAGAUCUAGAACAGCGCCUGCCGAUGAAGCAUUCCAGCCAUGCAGGAACAGCCCGGGAUCAUGCGGGAUCUGUCUGCUUGAUUAUGACAUCACAAUUCAACACUCAGCAAACGAUAAGGCUUGGAGCAUUGUCAUCCAGGCUUUCCACCAGCUGGGCAGCUGCCGGUCGCCUGACGACUGGAAAUGGGCACGUUUCACAGAGAGGAGCAAACCCCGCCUGUUUGGACCAAACCGGCCCAACCGACGAGGCAGCAGCUUCAGCCCAGGCGUCAUAAUGAGUGCUUGGCUCGGCGGGGAACGAAGCACAGCCUAG